GCGAUUUCCCAACGAAGCAGCUCGCCAGCGACGACGUCGGAAAUUCGAGCGCUGUGCGUUUUGCGGAAGCAGAGCUCUGUGCGUUUUGGGAAGCAAGCAAGCAAGCACGCACAGCGAAGCGAAGAUGGUGGUCAAGAUCGGCAUCAAUGGGUUCGGCCGCAUUGGAAGGUUGGUCCUGAGGGCUUCCCUCAACCACCCUAACGUGCAGGUGGUGGCUGUGAACGACCCUUUCCUUGAUCCCGAGUACAUCGUCUACCUCUUCAAGUACGACACCGUGCACGGCAAGUACAAGGGCGAGGUCGGUCUGUCCGCCGACAAGAAGCUGGUCGUGGAUGGCAAGGAGAUCGCCAUUUUCGCUCUGAGGGAUCCUUCCGCGAUUCCGUGGGGAGAGGCAGGUGCGGAUUACGUCGUCGAGUCCACGGGUGUGUUCACGGACAAGGACAAGGCGGCUGCCCAUCUGAAAGGCGGAGCGAAGAAGGUGGUCAUCUCUGCUCCCUCUGGCAACGCGCCUAUGUUCGUGAUGGGCGUGAACGAGGAGAAGUACACGMCGGAUCUGGACGUGAUCUCGAACGCGAGYUGCACGACCAACUGCUUGGCGCCUCUUGCCAAGGUCAUCAACGACAACUUCGGCAUCGUGGAGGGACUGAUGACCACCGUGCACGCCGUGACGGCCACGCAGAAGACGGUGGACGGGCCAUCUGGCAAGGAUUGGAGGGGCGGGCGUGGGGCUGGAUUCAACAUCAUUCCCAGCGGAACGGGCGCCGCCAAAGCUGUGGGCAAAGCUGUGAUCAAGAAGGCCUCCGAGACCGAUCUGAAGGGCAUCUUGGGGUACACGGACGAUGACGUGGUGUCGUCGGAUUUCAUCGGGGAUGCUCGGUCGAGCAUCUUCGACGCCAAGGCGGGUAUUGCCCUGAACGGGAACUUCGUGAAGCUGGUGUCCUGGUACGACAACGAGUGGGGUUACUCCAACCGUGUGGUGGAGUUGAUUGAGCAUAUCUCCAAGGCUUAGAUGAUUGUGAGGGUGUAGACGAAUCAGUGUGUGUGUGUUGUGUGCGUAGGUAGGUAGUAGCUAAUUAGUUGAGAGCAGUUAUUGCGAGGGCACUCGAUUGUGUUUUUCUCUCGUGAUUUCUGAUUGGCGGAAUGAGAGUGAGACUAUAUGUUGGCUUGUGCGUUUUCUUGCGUCGAAUUUGGAUAGUUUGUGGCGGGUAGGGAGAAGAGAGAAGGGAGUAGCGAGAGGUAUAGGGUGACUUGCAAUAAGUCGAUGUUUGUUAUUCGAUCUAUUAUCUGUGGGAGUGAAACAGAUCAAACAAACACGACGCUUAAAAGAGCUUUAGAUGCAAUAAGUCGAUGUUUGUUAUUCGAUCUAUUAUCUGUGGGAGUGAAACAGAUCAAACAAACACGACGCUUAAAAGAGCUUUAGAUGCAAUGGUGGGGUGUGUCUGCUUCUCGGAGUUAAUGGACCGAAUACUUCGGCGAUGUAAUUGGAGAUCGGACGAUCUCACGGCGAUUUUAUUUCGACAUAAAUUGAGUGUUUUUUAUUUUAUUUUCAAUUCGUUUAACUAGUUUCGCCUGGAUUCGAACGCAGGUGUGUUUUCUUUGCGUUUAUCUAGUUUCAUCUGGAUAGAUUCGACCUCCGUUGUGUUUUUCAACAGUUGAAAACAAAAGAAAAACGUUUUA